CUGGCCGGUAAGGUUUAGCGUGCUGUGCUGUGCGUUUGAAUGGGAUUGUGUGAGAUAGGUUAGCUAGAUGUUGAUAGUUUGUUGUGUUGUCUGUUCCAGCUUUGAUCCUGCUUUGAUCUAGCGUGUUUGAUGUCACGUUUUAGGUGAUAUCUUCGUGGUUAUUAUCAUGUCUCUCACUACGAAAUUCCUGAAACUCGUGGUGUUUGUGGGAGUGCUGGUUUUAGCAGGGCAGUACUUGCAGUACUGGCUGGCUCAUAAACAGUACAUCUUUACCAAGGAGGAUGUCGCCAAACUGGCCAAACAGUACGCAGGUCAGGACCACGAGCAGGCCUUCUCUAAAGUGGUGGUGGAGCUGCGGAAGAGGUACCCAGGCCAUAUCCUGCCUGAUGAGGACCUGCAGUGGAUAUUUGUAAAUGCGGGCGGUUGGAUGGGCUCCAUGUGCCUGCUUCACGCCUCGCUGACUGAAUACGUGCUGCUGUUCGGAACCGCUGUGGACACGAGCGGACACUCAGGGCGUUAUUUUGCAGAAAUCUCAGACACCAUAAUUUCUGGAAAUUUCAGACAAUGGAAAGAGGGAACAACUAAAAGCGAGACGUACUACCCAGGAGACACAAUAGUGCACGCAGUGGGAGAGGCUACCUCAGUGCAGUGGACUGCUGGGACGUGGAUGGUGGAGUACGGCCGAGGAUUCAUUCCGUCCACUCUGGGCUUUGCUCUAGCAGACACAGUCUUCAGCACGCAGGACUUUCUGACACUAUACUACACAGUCCGGGUUUACGUAAAGGGCAUGCUGCUGGAGACCAACACCUACCUGACUGAAGCCGGGUUCUUCUGAAGACCACCGUGCUCUCCAGUUUUACCCUGUGGUUCCUGAUUUUGUUAAGUAACAGGACGGGUUUUACUUUAGAUUGGCAGAUCUGGCAGCAGAGGGGACGGGUUUUUGUAAAGCACUUGCUUUUAACCUUCUAAAAAAACGAGGUUGUGUGAUAUCUAGAUUACUUGACAAUCCUGAUGGGGGAAAUAACAGUUUAUUGGUCACUGUACAUAAUUGUUUCAUGUCUUACAGAAAUUCACUGUCACUUUAGACUGUUCAUACAGUAUGUCUAAAAACUUUACCUUCAUGUUCUGCAGAAAAUACUGUCAAAACACCUUUUGUUCAUUUCUGUCCAGCCUUUCUCCAGAAUAAACUAUAAUUUGUAAUA